CCAACGGUUUUUUUUUUAGCGUGCAAAAAAUGUUUCUCUGGAGAGGGUGAAGGUACAUCAGCGCUGUCAAAAAGACCAGGCAGGAUUCCACAGCAGAGUUAGAACGACUUUAAAGAGCAACUUCUAUCUGAAGAAAAGCAAAGCAAAACAAAGAGAGAAAGAGAGAGAUGAACACUGCCCUUGAUUAACUCUACAAAGCUGGAAGACUUGCUUGUGCCACAAAAAACUACAUUAAAAAAUAAAUAAAUUGCGAACUGUGCCAAGAGCUCGUUCUUCUUAACCAGAACGCAUCUUACAGGAAGUUCCAGUACGAUUUGUAAGACUCGAGGAAGCGCUUGUAAAAUAUGGAUCUGUGGAUUUAAUAUAACGUUUUGAUUUUAAGACAGCUGUCCGGUUUCCUUCUUUGAAGUAUAUAAAUACAUAUAUAAAGGUUAAGAGAGAGAGAGGCGUUAUAUUAAUCUUGGAUUGCCAAGAUUUAUUUUCGCAGCUUGUCCUACAACUUAUUUUUUAUUAAUAUUUUUAUUGUUAUUUUUAUUUAUUGUAGACCAUGUUGCAACACACGAGUAAGAAAUGUUUUACCAUUGAGUCCCUGGUUGGCAAAGAAACGAAUUCCUCGGCAGCGGACGAGCCUUUGAGACCUACGGCUUUAAGAUUCACCGAGUCAGUCCACCCUCCUCCCUUUGGGAGCUGCUUCCAGAGCACCGGCAGGAACCUGUACAGCAGCCCGGAUCUGAUGUUCCCAGAGCCGUGUUCUCACUCCGCGAACCCAGCUCUCUCCCUGCACCCGCUCCAGUUGUCUUCUCAGCCGUUCUUUAACCCACAUCAAAGGGAGGCUUUGAAUUACUAUCCCUGGGUUCUCCGAAACAGAUACUUAGGACACAGAUUCCAAGGUGAGGACAGCAGCCCUGACAGCCUGCUCCUGCAUGGCCCAUUCUCCCGUAAGCCCAAGCGCAUUCGCACCGCCUUCUCCCCCUCACAGCUGCUGCGGCUGGAACGCGCCUUUGACAAGAACCACUACGUGGUGGGAGCCGAGAGGAAGCAGCUGGCCAAUGGGCUGUGCCUCACAGAAACUCAGGUAAAAGUCUGGUUCCAGAACAGAAGGACGAAACACAAGAGACAGAAGCUGGAAGAAGGAUCUCCCGAAUCCCAGCAGAAGUGCAAGGGCAGCCAGCAUGUGAGCCGCUGGAGGGUGGCUACGCGGCAGGGCAGCCCUGAGGAUAUUGACAUCGUAUCAGAGGACUGAAGAAAACACCAGCCCUGUGCACACUGAACCGCAAAAACACAUCACAGCCAGCAGCCUUGUACAGCAGCUUAGAACCUUUAUUACAAACUGAACGUUCUACACCACAUGUGAGACUUUGGAGAGCGCCACACAAGAAAAGACUUGUGCAAUUACACCACCUACCAAACCGUUUAAAAGUCUUGCAGGAUUAAUGAAGAAAAGCUAUCCACUUGCGUCUUAACUACAGUGAAGAGGUCAUUGGGUGGGGGGGGUUAAUAGCAGAAUAGCAAUUAAAUUGUACUUGGAAAUCUAUUUCAUAAAAGGAUUGCAGUUCAGACAUGAUCGCUGAAGCCUAAAACAUUUGAAAACUUUGUAUGAAAAAGGAAAUCAUUAUGAAACAAAUGGUCUAUGCAAAUCUGUGUGCAUAUAAAGCACUAAGAGCCUGCCGAUCCUGGGUUCAAAUACCAGCAGAGUCUGACAGUCUAGGUAGAUGCAGCAACUCUCAAGAAACAACACAUUGUCAGCUAUUCCUGGCAAAUGAAAAACACAAAACCUUGAAGGACGCAAUAAUUGUAGGCUACAUUCUCUAAUCCCUGUUAGUUUAAACAGACCCCAUUAAUACUGACUUUUGAGCUGGAUUUUAGUUCUGUUUGCAGCAAUGCCAGCUGUGCUUGUAUGUUUCCAACAAGGUGAACAUCUGAAUGCAUUAAACCCUGCAGGAAGCAAGCUGGUAGGCAAACUAUAAUGUGUCCAGUUGUUUCCUACUCGUUUUACACCCUUCAGGUGUAUGGAAUCAUUUGCCCUUACAGAGUUGCUCUACCGUUGCAAUGCAUUGGCAGUGAUGCUAAUCUGCAGUUACUGCAAUGCAAUUGCAAUCGAAAUCAUACAUUCCAGUGCAGGGUCACUGCAAAUCCAGUGCCAGCUUUGCACUGGUGCGGGCACAAAAAACAAACAGUUUCCGAAGUUCUUUCUCCUCCUUUAAGAAUUCUAAGAUCGGAGUAAAAUCCAGGUUUUGAGGGAAAACAGAAACGGAUUCGUGUUUAUUCUCUACAGGAAGCUUUGAUCUGUGAAUAUUUGAUCUGUGCUCACAUCUCCAUUACUUGGGUGCUACCUGUACAAAGUCUUUAGGUGCAAACCAUUACAGGGGUUCUGUGGGGUUCUAUCAUUUCAGGGGUUUCCUGCAGUAAAUAUUGUUUAAUAUCUGAAAUAAAAUUUUAAAAAAAAACACUGACGUACACAACAUUACCAAUACGCAUGCAGUAAAGGGGAUUAAAAACGCAAAAAGUAAUCAAACGAAAAACAGUUUUUAAGGAUCAUUGUCGUUGUGGGAGAAUAUCGCAGUGAUUGCAGUUCAGAGUUCAUGCCGUGAGGACAACUAAAGUUUUGGAAAAACGAAGAAAAAAAUGUAAAUAAAUGAUUGCUGAUUUUGGGGGCAUUAGGUUAUUUAUUUUUUUUAAGAAUUGUUUCCUAUGGUUCACGAACUUAAAAGUGACGAAAAAAAAAACAGUUUGUAGGCUGCAGUAAAAGACAUUUUAAAAGCAGUCAUUUUGAAGAGAAAACGAUAUGGCUAGAAAUUGUUUUGUGAUAGUUAAGAUUUGCACUGGAACUUUAGGCACUAUAAUAAUGCAAUCUUGAUACAAUAUGAACUUGUUUCCGUAUGGAAUCUUGACGUUUUCAAAUACAGACUGUUUGUGUGUGUUUGUUUUAAAUUAUUGAAGCUAUAUCUUAGUUUGUCCAAGUAUGACGUUUGCAUUAUAAUAAACACGCCUAUCACGGUUUAUUGACUACAGCAAUAUAUGGACACUUGUAACUUACUUUUCUUUCUUUUAAUUGUCUUUUAUUUUGGUAAAUUAAUUUCAGUUUUCCUUUAUUUGUUUAAACGUUGAAGCCUAGAAGGCUAUUCACAUAAUUUCACCAUGAAAUUCUCAUUAUCUCGUAACUAAAUCCCUGUAGGCCUACUCAAUAUGUUACACAAAAUAUUGUUCUAAAAAUAUUUUCUUACUGUUUGUGAUUUAGCGGAAUAUUUUAACAUAUAAUUUAAAUAAAAUAUAAUUAGAAACUUGUUCAAUAAUAAUAAUACAAAAACCUUCACCGUAGUCCGAUGUUUCAUAUUAUAAACCCUAAUAAUAAAGGCUGGCACAUUUUUUGAAAUAUAGAAUUUGGAAUCUCAUAAUUACGACUCUAUUGGAUCAAACGAUUGUAUUCAGAACGCCUCUUGUGUUCUUCAUUAAAGUAAUUGAAUCGAAACUAAACGGGGUUUUGAGAGAAUGAUCGAGAAUGAAGCUCUGCAGGACACACUUCUUCAAUUUUUAGGUCACUUACUGGCUCUCUUAAUGUAUCAAUAUAUUCCGAAAUGUGAUGUUUUAU